GGCAGAGGCUCGCUCCCCAGCCCUUCCUGGCCGCCACUGAGUGGCACUCCUGCGCUGUGUCUGCUGCACUCAGACGGAAAGGGGCGCCUUGGGACACGGGGAGCAGCCCACUCGCGUCCCUGGUAUUGUUGUUGUUCUGUGUAAACCGCGUUGAGAACUUCUGCGGAAAAGCGGACUGUGUGCGCAUCUUGGUCGCAGCCCUGUAGCCUUACUCCAGGAUUUCGGAAAAACCCUGAAAAUGGAAACCAUUGUUCGCCGUUGCCCAUUCCUGUCAAGGGUGUCCCAGGCUUUCCUGCAGAAAGCUGGCAAAUCCCUUCUCUUCUAUGCCCAGAAUUGCCCUAAAAUGAUGGAAGUUGUGACCAAGCCUGCUUCACGGGCCCUGAGUACUUCAACUGUUCAUUGUCAGCAGACUGAAGAAACUACGUCUACCAGUGAGAAGGUCAAAAACUCUCCAGAUGUAGCUCAACAUGUGGAUGUGGCUCAAGAUGCCAGCAGAUCCCAGCUUCCUGCAAGCCAUCCUCCUGCUAGCCAAACUACUGUGACUAAAUGUCCAUUCUUGGCAGCUCAAAUGAAUGAAGGGAACAGCAGUGUUUUCUGCAAAGCCAGCCUGGAACUUCAGGAGGAUGUUCAGGAAAUGCAAGCUGUAAGGAAAGAGUUUGCCAAAACGCCAGAGAAUACUGUUGCAGUAAACACUAAGAUGGAUGGUGAAAAGCAAAAUGGCUUGCUGAAGAAAUUCCAAGACAUUGUGUUGAAGCAGAGACCAGAAAGAGUGUCUCAUCUACUCCAGGAGAACUUGCCAAAAUCCGUUUCUACUUUCCAAUAUGACCAGUUCUUUGAGAAAAAAAUUGAUGAGAAGAGAAAAGAUCACACAUACCGUGUGUUCAAAACUGUGAACCGAAGAGCCCAGACAUUUCCCUUGGCAGAUGACUAUUCAGAGUCCCAUAGCAGCAAAAAGGAAGUGUCUGUUUGGUGCAGCAAUGAUUAUCUUGGAAUGAGUCGUCAUCCUAGAGUGUGUGGAGCUGUCAUGGAAACUCUGAAACAACAUGGUGCAGGAGCAGGAGGCACCAGGAAUAUUUCAGGAACCAGUAAAUUCCAUGUUGAUCUCGAACAAGAGUUGGCUGAUCUCCAUGGAAAAGAUGCAGCUCUUCUGUUCUCCUCUUGCUUCGUAGCAAACGAUUCAACACUCUUCACACUAGCUAAAAUGUUGCCAGGUUGUGAAAUCUACUCUGAUGCGGGAAACCAUGCUUCCAUGAUCCAGGGGAUUCGAAACAGCAGAGUACCAAAGCACAUCUUUCGCCAUAAUGAUGUUGGCCACCUUCAAGAAUUACUGAGAAAAUCCAAUCCAUCUACUCCCAAAAUUGUGGCUUUUGAAACUGUUCAUUCAAUGGAUGGUGCAGUCUGUCCAUUGGAAGAGCUUUGUGAUGUGGCUCACGAACAUGGGGCAAUCACUUUUGUAGAUGAAGUACAUGCUGUUGGACUGUAUGGAGCCCGAGGUGGUGGCAUUGGAGAUAGAGAUGGAGUCAUGCAUAAAAUGGAUAUUAUCUCUGGAACACUUGGCAAAGCCUUUGGCUGUGUAGGGGGCUAUGUUGCCAGUACAAGUUCUCUGAUAGAUACUGUCCGUUCCUAUGCUGCUGGCUUCAUUUUUACAACAUCCCUGCCACCCAUGCUCUUAGCUGGUGCACUAGAAUCUGUGAAAACUUUAAAAAGUACAGAAGGACAAGUUCUCCGCCGGCAACACCAACGCAAUGUUAAACUCAUGAGACAGAUGCUGAUGGAUGCUGGAUUCCCUGUAGUACAUUGUCCCAGUCAUAUCAUUCCAAUCAGGGUUGCAGAUGCUGCUAAAAAUACAGAGAUCUGUGACAAAAUGAUGAGUCAGCAUAACAUAUACGUCCAAGCAAUAAACUACCCCACUGUCCCACGUGGAGAAGAGCUGCUACGAAUUGCCCCCACUCCUCAUCACACACCACAGAUGAUGAACUAUUUUAUUGAUAAACUGCUAGCUACCUGGAAGGCAACUGGCCUGGAGCUGAAGCCACACUCCUCGGCUGAAUGCAACUUCUGUAGGCGGCCCCUGCAUUUUGAAGUAAUGAGUGAAAGGGAAAGAUCUUACUUCAGUGGAAUGAGCAAACUUGUUUCCGCUACUGCCUGAAGCAAACUGUAGCCUUGUCUAUGUCUAGUAUUCCUUAUUAACUGUAGCCUUUUACCUGCAUAUUACUUGCAUUUUAAUUGGUAGUAAUAAACUUCAAGACACCGUA